AGAAUAGAAUAGAAUAGAAUAGAAUAGAAUAGAAUAGAAUAGAAUAGAAUAGAACAGAAUAGCACCCUCCCCCUCUCCUCAGCCAUUCAGCACCUGUGUGUGUAUGUGUGUGUAUGUGUGUGUGUAUGUGUGUGUGUGUGUGUGUGUGUGUAUAAGCCGUGUAUGUGUGUGUGUGUGUGCGCAGCGCUGGGCCGGGCCGGCAGCGGGGGCGGCGCCGCGGUCGGCGUAGAGUUGCGGUGCGUCGCGGUGCAGAGCGGAGCGGAGCGGAGCGUGGCGCGGCGCGGCGCGGCGCGGUCCGGAGCGCACUAUGAGGGCGCGCCCCCCCUGGGCUGCCCCAGCGCCCCCCCGCCAUGGAGGGAUUCGCCGCCCGGAGUUACGGCACGGGAGGGCCGGACAACAGACCGCUGUUCGGGGAGACCUCGGCCAGGGACAGGAUCAUCAAUCUAGUUGUUGGCAGCCUGACGUCCCUGCUGCUUGUAGUCACUCUGAUCAGUGCUUUUGUCUUCCCACAACUACGUCCAAAACCUGUGAAUAUAUUUUUUGCUAUCUGCAUCUUCUUGUGUUGCAUUUCUGCUGGCAUACUUAUCUACUGGUAUCGACAGGGAGACCUGGAACCUAAAUUCAGGAACCUGAUUUACUAUGUAUUAUUCUCUAUCGUCAUGUUAUGUAUAUGUGCCAACCUGUACUUCCAUGAAGUGGGUAAAUGACAGGCAUUGGGAACACCCAGCGAUGACGCUGCUGUUAUCAGACUGCUUUCAGCUCAGCUCUCGGCUCUACCUGAGACAUAAAUGAGUACAGUUAGCCUGAAAGAAGUGGAUCGUGUGAGGACAAAUGAGUACAUGAUUUUCAUGUAAAUGUAUAUGUAAUGUCCCUCUUGUUGGGGAGAAUUAUUGCCAUACGAUGUGACAUUCUGCUUUCUUUUGAAGAGCUACAGUUGCACCUAAUGAACAUUCCAGUUGUACCGACGUUUCUGAAUGUCACAAGCUUUUUCAUUAUGGAAAAAAAAAAGGCAUUUUUUAUUACUGUACGAAUAAACUGCAGCACUGCGAGGCUCUGUAGCAGUAUAAAUAAAUGGCAUCUUACUGUUA